GACUGCUCUCUGCUGGGCUGGAGGAUCCAAACUACAGACUGGAGAAACUCAAUGUGGAUCAUGGUGGAGAGAACACAAUGAAACCUGGGCUUAGAAAAUAUGCCUGUGAUCUCACACUGGACCCAAACACAGCACACAGACUCCUCUCUCUGUCUAAGGAGAACAGAAAGGUGACAUGUGGGAGAAAGAAGCAGCCGUAUCCUGAUCACCCAGAGAGAUUUGAGGUCUGUAGACAGGUGCUGUGUAGAGAGCGUCUGACUGGGCGCUGUUACUGGGAGGUAGAGUGGAGUGGGGGAUGGCCAGUUAUAGGAGUGACAUAUAAAGGAAUCAACAGGAGAGGAGAGGGUAAGGACUGUGGACUCGGAUGGAAUGACAAGUCCUGGAGUCUGUUCUGCUCUGACAACAGUUACACUGCCAGGCACAAUUAUAAUACCACUCUCAUAGACGUCCCUUCCUCCAGCUCCCACAGAGUAGGAGUGUAUCUGGACUGGCCAGCCGGCACUCUGUCCUUCUACAGAGUCUCCUCUGACACACUGACCCACCUGAACACAUUCUACACCACAUUCACUGAGCCGCUCUAUCCAGGGUUUUGGGUUUAUGAUGACUCUUCAGUGUCCCUAAUCAAACACAACACAAUAUUUUAAUAAAAUAUCAAAUAAGAAUAUAAAUAGAUAAAUAUAAAAUAGAUAAAUAUAUAACUCUGUGUCACACACACUGGAAACACACACA